GCGGGUCGCUCGGAGGCUGCUGGGGCUGCACCCGCGUCCCGGGCCGGGGAGCGGGGAACCGGGCCGGGGACGGGCUGGAGAACGGGGUUCUGAGGGACUUGCGGCGAGAAGGGGAGGCUGAGAGGGGAGACCUCGUCGCUCUCUGCAGCUCUUGUGGUGAGCUGCUUUUGUGCAAUUCCCUUGCUGCGAAAGCCACCAGGAUGGAGGCCUUACUGGAAGGAAUGCAAAGGAAUGAGCAGGGGAGUGGUGGGUUCCUGACUUCUUGCGAGGCUGAGCUGCAGGAGCUGAUGAAGCAAAUUGACAUCAUGGUGGCUCACAAGAAAUCUGAGUGGGAAGAACAGACGCAGGCUUUGGAAACUUGUCUGAGCAUUCAAGAGCAGGAGCUUUCUUCUGUCAGGGCUGCUCUGCAUGAGAAAAAUAAGGAGGUUGCCAUGUUGCAUCACCAGCUAGAAGACGUGGAAAGAGCCAGACAGGAGAUGGUUAGAGAAUAUGAACAACAGCUGAAGAAAUUUCAGGAGGAGUUGUCUAGGCUGAGAAGGAGCUAUGAGAAGCUGCAGAAGAAACAUCUAAGAGAAGCUCGAGGAGAAGCCAGCAAGAGGCAAGGGGAGAACGGGUUUGAGAUGAGCCAACUGACCAGGAAGCUGGAGGAGUUCCGACAAAAAUCACUUGACUGGGAGAAGCAGCGUUUGCUUUACCAGCAGCAGGUGGCAUCGCUGGAGGCGCAGAGGGAGGCACUGACGAAGCAGUCUGAGCUCCUUCAGACUCAGCUUGCCAAUCAGAAGCAGCUUCUGGAGUCGGUGGAGCUGGCUAGCCGCUCUGAAAUCCAGCACUUAACCAGCAGGCUUGAGAGGGCCAACGGUACCAUCUGUGCCAACGAGUUGGAGGUGGAAAGGCUUCACAUGAGAGUGGAUGACCUGACCGAAAGCAAUCGGAUGAUUCUGGAAGAUCAGCAAAGAGUUCAGGAAGAAUUAAGGCAGUCCAAGAAAAUGUUAGAGGUGCUACAGGAUGAGAAGAUGGAACUUAGAGCAACCUUGCAGUCUCAGGAAGAUUUCAGUGACAGCUCCAAGCUGCACCAGGAACAGUUACAGAAAGAGCUGGCCAGGGUGACAGAAUCUCUUCUCACAAAAGAAGUCCUUAUCAGGGCUCUGGAGGAUCGCUUGCGGGAGAAGCAGUUGUCUUCUCCGGGGUUGGAGCUGGAGCAUGCGCUGCUGCAGCUGCAAAAUGCCCAGAAGAAGGAACAGCACUUGCAGUCAGAGGUGACUCACCUGGAGAACAGACUGGUGUCCUCAAACGCAUUGUGUGUACAGCUGAGCGAAGAGCUGGAUGCGAGUAUCAGAGAGCUGCAGUCAGUGGAAGAGCACCACACCGAGUCAAAGGCAGAGAUUAAAAAGCUGAAAGAGCAGCUCUCUCGAGCUGAACAAACUCACAGCAGUGAGCUGGAAGGGAUGAAAAGGGAAAUCUCCAGGUUGACACAUGAGUUACUCCAGCGGGACAUCUCAAUCACAUCUACAAGCAUCACCACAUCGUACCUAGAGCAACGGCUGAGAACAGAGCUGGGAGAAGCAGAGAGGAAAGCGGUGGAGCACAGGGGAAAAGAUGUCACUCUGAGAGCUCAUGGUGAAGACGCUGCUAUUGCACUCAAUAAAUUGAAGUCAGAGAACUGGCAAUUGCGGAAGGAUCUAGCAGAGGCCAGAGCGAAGCUGGAGCUCAGUCAGCAGGACUGCCAGGAUGGACCUGAGCGCCCUGCUCCACUCAUGCAAGACAGAGAGCCCGAGGCCAGGGAUGUGCAGUGUAGGACAACUCGGGAAGCGCAACUCAAAUGUGAUGAACAUCACAAGCCUGAUGGGACUCUUCAGCAUCAUCCAGGGGAGCCCCAGAGAUGCGGGGCUGCUGAAAUGGAAACUGUGACUUCUGAGAAGGGGCUCCCUGGAGACUCGCCGCCCUGGUUGUACAAAGGAAAACAUCUCAGUGCCUUGGAGAGAACAGAGGUGCCUGGCGUGGAGGUGGACUAGAACUGCACCUUUGCUCAGCAGGGAAGCCAAGGUACCAAGCUGCUGUGGAAGGAGCUGGAUGGUGGCCGUGAACCCCUGAGCUAUUGGAUGAGCUGAUGGCACAACAGUGGCGACAGAAGCAAGUAUGCUGGCGACUUAGAGAGGCUAUUGAGGAAGCUCUUGAGACUUCUUCUCUUUGAGACUAUCUACAUGUAUUUGCUGUUAGUGGGACAUUAAUUCUGGUAUUUCAGUGGGUGCCUCUCUGAGCUGCAUCUGCCAAAGCAUGAUCUCAGGUGCUCUCGAGUGAAGAAUCUGGUGCUUGUCAGGAUGGCAUGGAGUGUGACAGUGCCAAUACGAGAUGGAUAAACUUAAUUCAGUGCCUGGUUUUGCUACAUAAGGGUCCUUGAACCAGAUGUGCUGCUGACACUACGUGUUCCCAGGACAUGAAGGAGGUCUGCCACGUCCCUCACAAUACCUGAAGCUGGCUGGCAGGAAUAACAUGUCCAUAGUGAGACAGGACUGUUUCUUCCACAUGUAAACUCAUUUUUUAAGUGCUGCCCAGAGCUGUGCCUGCUCUGAGGGGCAGCAAUGCUAUUCGUGAGCCACGAGGCAAAUGCAUGAGUUUGCUCUAUCAAGCUGGUUCUGAUGGCAUUUACCUUUACUGCUUUUCCUGCCUUCCUUGAGGGCCACACUUUCUCUCAGGCUGACUGUUCCUGCUAUUCCCACCCAAAAUGCCAGCACCACAGCUUGUAGCCGUAUCUGCUUCUCCUGCUGCUGUGGACGCGGGCUGUUUGCUGUACUUCGCAACCCCUGCCAAGUAUGGGCUGCCUGCACUUGCUGCCGCUCAUCCUGCCCGUGGGAGAAGUCCAAAACACCAAAUCACUUUGCACUGGUCAGACCUUUGUGACCAGCUUGAAAAAGCUGGUCAGCUGGUUCCCCAUGGCAGGUGUGCUGCUUCCUCGGCAGCCUGGUGGUGCAUUGAGAGGAACCAGACACCCUCUCGAGUCCCAUUGCCCUUCCAAAAGAUGGUAGAAUAUGAACCUUACAGCCUGCUGCUCUGACAUGGACACUGCAUCCCAGGGUUGUCAUGGAGAUGCCUGAUGGGCAUCUCUAACUUCUCAGAGACUUGACGAAUGCUGAGACAUCCUAAACAUCACCAGCAGUGCUGAAAUAGAGCCUGUCUGCUCCAGGAGACGAAAAAGUAGUCAGAAAAGGCUUCUCCACUUGGGAGGGAAUGUGCUCACCUGUGGAGCUGGGCUGUCCGCUUUGUCCAGUUGCUGCUCCCACCUCCACAUGAGCUGUUGGAAGUAAGAGAAAAUGUUAUUAGACUCUUUCCUUGAGCAGCUGGCCAAAAUAAUCACAUUAUGCUUUUCUUUCUGCUUGCACGGUUUGAGGAAGCUGAGUGCCGAAUGGCACGGUGUUGCAGGUCUGGUGAGAUGAGUGGUGCUUUGUUUGGAGGAGAGAGUUGUUUUGAUAAAGGAGGGAAGAGGCGAGCACCGCCAGUGGCACAGCACAUUGGCCUGAAUGUUGGAGCCAGACCCAAAGGGUAAAAGCAACGCAGAAAGCUUAAGACGAUCCCUCAGGAUCGCUCCCGGUCAGCCUCAAGUAGUGGAUUUUCACUUCUGUACUUUCAUUAUCACUGCUCUUAGCUGGAGAUUCACUAUUUGUCCCCCCAGGUCUGCAGCACAUUACUCGUGUCAUUGAGGCAGUCGCAAGGAAGUGCUGUUCGCUCAGCUUUCCUGUUGGAAAUGCACUGGCUGCUGUCCUCUAGGCUCCUACUAAGCCUGACCUUUAGGGCAGGAAGAGCAUGCAUGGACCGUUACACCAGGACUGAUGCUCUGCUUUGCCUUCUCUCUCCUGCCAGCUCCUUUGGGCUGCUCAGAGAGGUCCCAGGUUUACCGAGGCGCUGAAGCAGGCCUUGUGCUCAAAGCCUGUCAUUUGGUUCUUGUGAAGGUGCACUGAUGACUGCCAACCACCCUCCCUCCCUUCCCUAUUAACCCAGCCAAGCACACUUCUCACGAUCAAAGGCACUAGAAGUUCCUAGGCUCUGUGCAGUCACACACUGUGAGAAGGAGCAUCAGUCGCUUCAUUGCAAGUGAGAUCAAUUUUUCCCCUCCGCCCCAGGAAUAUUUUCCUAUGUUGUGUAAGUUAUCGGCACACAAGUUCAGGAGUCAGCUACUGGAACGCAAGUGGCAAAGCUGUGCAGACCACGGCAUUGCUUCUGAAUCAAACGCCAUUUUGUGCUAUUUGUUCCCGGGAAAUCAGGGAAGCAGGGGACUGGCAGUUUACGUAUUGAAUCCAUCUCUCCCUGACACAACUUCUCUGGAGUUCAUCCCUCCUGUCUGUAAGAGCCGUGAAAGCUAUUUUAUUUCUCCCAAGACCCCCAGAAAGUGGAAAAGCAGAAGAGGUAAGGCAGCAUCCUCCACAAACCAAGCCUUCCCAGCCUGCUGUCCUUCAGGCUGCAGUUCUAAACUUCAGUGCUACCUAAUUCGCUGCUGGUGCUGGGCCCAACAGUGACUUACUGAGGUCAUUGGCUUUGCCUCCAUCUUCACAUCCACAGCUCCAGCAGAGCCUGCAAGGGACAACACAACCGUCAGUUCACAGCUCUUGAGCGAAUGAGCUGCCCUUCUGGAAGUGAGUUGCUCCCUGUCAAAUCUGGUUUUGCUUGUCACCCAGUUUGUCUCGAGGGAGAGCUGCCGGUGACACGCGUGUGGCAGCAUCUUCUGCCGUCUCCCUGCCCCGCGGCUCAGGGCUGUGCUAGGUGUUGCAGCCUUUACACCGAGGGCACGUCUACAUCUUGCCCCUUCUGCUUUAGGAUUAUUCAAGCAAAGGAAGGCCUAGUCCCUGUGACCACGCCUGCGGAGCCAAGGAAAUGGUGACUGCUCCCGGUUCAAUGAGGGAAAACACUUCACUGAAGAGACAGAGCAUCUUCAUCACUCUAGACGUAUUCCUUAAAUAAGCAGGCAAUAGAAAGGUAAGGUGAGGAUUUAGGAUGGGGGGAAAUGGCCUCAAUUUGCACCAGGGGAGGUUUAGAUUGGAUAUUAGAAAAAACAUAUUUACUGGUGGAGUGGUGAAGCCCUGGCAGAGGCUGCCAGGGCAGUGGUGAAGUCUCCAUCCCUGGAGGUGAUAAAAAACCAUGUAGGUGUGGCACUUUGGGGACAUGGUUUGGUGGGCACAGUGGGGUUGGUGUGAUGGUUGGACUUGGCGAUCCUGGAGGUCUUUUCCAGUCUUGAUGAUUCCAACCUUAAUGAUUGGAACUGGCUGAUUUUUAAGGUCCCUUCCAACCCAAACUAUUCUGUGACUCUAGGAUAAGGACUCCCGGCUGUUGCAUGUGAGGACUGUUCACAGUGCACUUGCUGUUUGGAGCUCAUUUGCUUGUGAACGGUUUGCACUGGAGCUGCACAGCUGCAGGUACCAGCACACCUCCAGUUUGCAGUGGCAGCCCAUCCCAUCACAGCGGGCUCGCUGUCAAGCUGCCCGCAGCCGCUCCCCUGUGGAACAACUGUCAGCCUUUCCCCACCAAAUGUCAAUGGACUCAAGUCGCUGGCGGCGAACACGGGCAGCCAGCUCUUUGCUCUUUCCGUCAGCGCUGGGUCAGAUGACAGCUCCCCUCUGAGUGUUAUUAUCGUUAUUUAUUUGUGUCGUGGCAGUGCCUAGGAACAUCCCCCCAUGGACAGGAGCCUUCCAUGCUGUAGACCAACACAGCACAGGUUGUGACAUGCAUCACCCAGUGCAGUAAAUACUGUCAUUGCCAUAACACCACCUCCCCACUGUCUUUGUCUUCCUGCUUCCAUGUUAGCUUGGAGGGAGCAUCCUUGAUUCUGCUUAAUUCAUAGAAUCAUGGCAUAGUUGGGGUUGAAAAUGACCUCAAAGCCCAUCCAGUUCCACCCCUGCCAUGUGCAGGGACACCUCCUACUGGAUCAGAGUCUCCAAGCCCCAUCCAUCCUGACCUUGAGCACCUCCAGGGAUGUGGCAGCCACCACUGCUCUGGGCAACCUGGACCAGGGUCUCCCCCCCCCCAUCGUGAAGAAUUUCUAUCUAAUGUCCAAUCUAAGUUUUCCCCCUUCCAGUUUAAAGCCAUUCCUCCUCAUCCUAUCAUUCCAUGCCCUUGUAGUUUGGUGGGCUGAACUGGUGGGGAAUUGACUGCUUGGCAGGGCCACAUUGCAGAGCAGCCCGGGAACGAUGCAAAGCUUUGACGGGCAGCACGGCCCCUCUAGUCCUGACCGGCAGGGUAAUGCAAACUGGAGAGCUUCUCCAGAAAGCAGGGCUGUGCAGACAGACUGGUUUGGUUAAAGCAAUGGAUCUCCAACCAAGCACAACGGGCAGGAACUCAUUCCCUGGGUUUUGCUUCGUGAGGCCAGCUGUCUCAAUUAACUGGCUCCCCUUACAGUGCUUUUCAACUGUACAGAGAUGAGCCAAGGACACAUGAAUGUAACAUGAUCCAGAAAGGUUCCCCGAGUGCCAGGAAGUUGGGGCACUGGUGCCUCUUCUCUUUAUGGAUGUGUGCAGCCUGGCCGCUUGCUGAGUGGGGCUCCUAGGAGCAGCACUUGGGGGAGAGCUGAUCAUGCUCUCACGUGCUCUUGACUGCAUUAAUGCUGCAAUAAAUCCUUAACCCAUGCAUUGCUGUGCCCCGGCUGUCCCAGUGCCGUGGGGGCCCUCGUGCAAUUGCCUGGAGUGGCUGUUGGGCUCAGCACACCCUCCAGUUUACUGGUGAUGGUGCCUCUGAUUUGUGAGGUAAAUACCAGAGCGAUGCACAGAGCACAUCUCUGCACAAGGCUUCUCCCCUGCCUAAGGCUCUCUGCAUCUGGGCUGCCAGUCCUGGCUCCCCAGCCCCGUGAAAUGACGGUCGUGGCUGUGCCCGGCUCCCCGCUGGCUCCUCACCCCUUUGCUGGAGGCCGGGUAGGCAGAGCUCGUGCUUUCUGCCCCUGCUGCCUCCUGCAGCCCUUGGCCACGUGCCUCACUCUGCUGUUUUCUGCCCUUGUGCCCUUGCCUUCAGGGCAAACAGCGGCGGCGGAUGUUUCUUUGGGACCUCUGGGCAGCCGCAACAGCAGGACAAAGCUGCACCAGCAACCACCAGCAAGAUCAGGUGAUUAUUGGGUGACAAUAGGACUUUAGUGGAUUUGCCUGAGGUCCUGCGAUCCCCCUGCCCUUGUGCAUCACUCAUGGCGUCUCUGCUGACCUCUGCGCACAGCUCCCCUGAGCCUCUUGCUCACCCUCGAGCAGGAGGAGGAUGGGUCCGUGGCAGAUGGAGAUGUCGGGCACCAUAAGCUGGUGAUUUCUGGAACCGUGCAGCAUUAACCCCUGCCAUGCCAGCAAGUGCUCCAGCUUUGACCCCAGUUGCAGGGUGUCCUGCCCAGCCCCUGCAGGCGCACAGGAGGCCCAGGUGGCAUGGUGAACAUCAUGUGAGGCAAGGAGCCGGGGGCUGACAGCGGCCCUGGGCCAAGUUGUUAUGACCAUCUGCUCCACACUGUGCCAGGCUGAUGGCUGCUAUAAAGAGCGUGCGUGCCGCAGAGCGCUAGGGAUCUGGUGGUAACAGGAGCUGAAGCACUUGAGAGAGGAGCUGACUCUGUCUUUUCAGCUCUCUGUUGUGUAUAUUUAUCUGUACAUACAAAUAGAGAGUGCUGGCAGAGAUGGUUGGGCAUAGCUAAGCUGUGCCAGCGCAUGCUGAGCUGGCUUCCAGUGUCCCUGGGCCUUUGGCUCCAUCCUGCCUUGGUGCCAUGUGGAGCAGCCCAGGUUUGCAGGGUCAGUGAGGCAGAAGGCAUAUCCAGAGAAGGGAAUGGAGCUGGGGAAGGGUCUGGAGCACAGGGGUUCUGGGGGCGGCUGAGGGUCCUGGGGCUGUUUAAUGUGGAGAAGAAGAGGCUGAGGGGAGACCUCAUCACUCCCUGCAGCUCCUGGAAAGGAGGUUGUGAUGAGGUGAGUGCUGGGCUCUUCUCCCAAGGAGCAAGGGAUAGGAUGAGAGGAAAUGGCCUCAAGUUACGCCAGAGGAGGUUUACAGUGAAUAUUAGGAAUAAAAUCUUUGCUGAAAGAGUGGCAAAGCCCUGGCAGAGGCUGCCCAGGGCAGUGGUGGAGUCUCCAUCCCUGUAGAGGUUCAAAAAAUGUGUAAGGCUGGCACUUCGGGAAAUGGUUUAGCAAGCACAGGGGGUUGGGCACUGAAUGAGCUGAGAGGGCUUUUCCAGCCUCAAUGAUUCUGUGAUUCUAUGAUGGUUUUCUGUGCCUGAUUGAAAUCCAGAGCUGGGAUGCUGGGGGGGGUCCCUGCCUGCGGGGUGACGUGGCACCACAGGGAGGGGAGAGGCUGCUGCUCACAGCAGCCGGUAGAGCCGAGGGCCAGUAGCCACCAGGCAUGUGGUGAGAAAGAUCGAGCUGAGCAGGAGCAGACCCUGUCCUUUCACUGACAGGGACUGCAGUGAGUGCCCUGGUCAGAAAUGAGGCUUUCAUCUUAAAUGCACACCCUGGCAAUGCAGAAGAAAAGCAGGAAUGGGCUGUUGCUCAGUGCUACAGAGCAGCCGUCAAACACCUGACUCUACAUUUUGAUUUCAGCCGACAGAAUUAAUGCAGGCCAAGGAAAGAUUUCCUCUGAACUCAGGUUUGAUUUUUCAGGAGAACGUGUUAUCAAAGGCAGAAACGUGGUGAAAGAAUGGAAUGAGGAUGGCAGGGUUAUUGUGCACCCAGGGACGUGGUGCAGCAUGGGGCUGCACUUCUGGACCUCAGUGUCAGGGAAUUUUCUCAUAUUCUGUCUUUGAGUCUUAGUCCUCUCCUUCCCUUUUAACCUGGAAGAGGCAUAAGUCACUCCUACCUUGGUGAGAAGAGAUUUUCUUGGUGACAUGAAAACUUCUGCACGCACUUCGUGUUGGUUCUGGUCUGACUGAGCUUUAAAAGGAGAUUAAUUGCAACUGAGCCUUAAAAUCUUUCACAAAUUGGCUUGAAAACAAGGAUUAUGGAAAUGCGUCAGCAUGGAAAAGAACUAUUUAAAAAUAAAUAAGCACUUCUGAUAACUGAAUUUAGGGGACCAGAAAUAUAAAUGUGAGAAGAAAGGGGGGGUGGUGGCGGCUCCCUGCAGCGUUCCCUAAACCUAACAAGGGCUUUUAUUUCCAUCCCAAAAGCAGAGUGAGAGUCAAAGAAAAAGAAACCUGAAUGUAGUGCACUUAGAGGUCCUGAGACAGCGUUAUGAUAUUUGAGGGUCUUGUGAUUCUUUAAAUGUUAAUACCACUAGCCCUGUGCUGGGAAAUACUGCCACUGGUUUUCCUCUAUGACUCGAAGAAGCGAGUUGUUUCUGAUCUGCUUUAACAGAGCUUUGAUGACAGCAUUCUCAUGUUCCCUGUAGGAAAGCUAUUUUCUAUGAAACCUAUUAGAAACUGGAAUUCCUGGAAUAUUUCUGCUAUUUGCUGUCCAGCCCAAAAGACAUUUAGGUUUUUAGAGUUUUGGCACCGUUUCAGCUCUAGUUUCUGUCCUCAGGGAUCUCAGCAUAGCUCAGAGAGGUCACCUGAGCUCCUGCCUGUGUCUCGGAGAGUGAGGACUGAGGUCCAGAGCUGAAGCAUCUUGUAAACCUGGCACAGAGCUGGAGUUAAAGGCACAUUUUGCUUUAAUCCUUGAUUUUCUGAGCCUGCCUCUUCUCUGCCUUCCCCAGCACUGAAUUUUACCCACAUGCCAUAGUGAAACUGUUGGUUGAAAUAGUUCAUAUCUGGUUUUCAUGUAACACUGAACAAGCAUACAGGGCAGCUCUUAAGAGGUCAAGUUCCUAUCAAUAGGUAAUGCGUAUGUAUAAAAUAUAUAAUUUUAGAAUAAAUUCUGAACCACCAUAAAACCUGGGAAGGUUUUCCUAUAGAAUCACAGAACAGUUUGGUUGGAAGGGACCUUAAAGCCCACCUGAUACAAAUUCUCCCUUGGCAUUUCUUCGCUGGGGCUGAUUGUUGUAAUGACGGAUGGGUGUUUUCCACCUGGAGUUACUCAGCAAAUAAAAGCAAAGGAAGCAAAAUGCAAUUAUGGUGUCAGCAAAAGGGCUGUGAUUCAUGGGGCCAGUGACAUCCAGGGGUCGGUGACAUCAGGGCUGGCUGCUGCCUGAUUGACUUCCACUUCAGCAGCAAUUACCAGGAGUAUCGGUUAGGUGGGAAAAGGCAUCCUCAGUGACUUGGGGAGUCGGAAAGAAAUACCAGUGAUUGCAUGUUGCCCCUUGUUACUGAGAUGAAGUGAAUUUUUGUUCUGUGUUCCAGUGCAGAGGGGCAGGCGCUCCCCUGGUAUAACCGCUCCUAUCUGCCUUGGUGUAAAUGAGCCCCAGAAGCCAGGGGAGCUGUGCUAUUUACACCAGGGGGGUUGCUAACCUUUAAUGCAGCCGAGAAGCCUCUCCUGUGAUUGCCCACAUUAUGCGCAGUGCCUGCCAGUCCCUUACCACCACAAACACCUAAUUAAUUCCCAUGCUUUUAAGGAAAUGAAGCCAUACAGAAAUAUGCCACCAGUAACAAAUUACAGAGUACUGAUGCCACCAAUUAAUGCUGCAGGAAAUAAUACUGUAUUUCAGACAUUGAAUGCUUUUUUUCUCCUCUAAAUUAAUUUGUCAUUGUGCAAUAAAAGAAGGCUACUGUCCUGCCUGGAAGUUGCUAAAUUAACAUUCAGAUGUCAUCGAAAGCGCUAGAAGGGGAAAAAAUAUAAGGGGCAGAGGUCUUUAUUUCUUUCCUUUCCUGUUUUCAUUAUGUCUGCGAGUAAACUGCCAAGUGAGCCCUAAGCCUGCUGUACCGCCCGGCCAUCGCAGCAGCUGUCCCAGUGCUCCCCGUCUGCACCAGCUCACCUCCCAUUCCCAUGCUCCCACUUCCCCUCUCCAGGAGCUGAUGCUGCUCCCAGCGCACUGUGUCCUACAAGAGUUUCUGAAAACCAGUGGCUGCCAAGAUGGGUCCUCACAGGAGGAACCCACUGGGGUGGUUAUUACCUCCUUGCCCAGGCGAUGCAGAAGCUUCUGAUGUUUCCCAUGCGGGUGAGGAUGCGAACAAGACCUUUGGGCUUCUGGGCCUCUGUGAAACAGGUUGCAGCUUUGCUUUCCUUAGAAUAAAUGAGUUAUGGCAAAAGGAGGAAACAAGGUGAAUUGUGUACUCCUACCAGGGCUGAUCUUUGUACCCGCAAGCUCGGGUCACAGUGGCAGUGCCAUUUACGGGAGCUCACGGUGGAGAUGGACCCUUUGCCUGGCUGGGGUGGUACAAAUGCACAGGCUUGAGAUGUUUUAUUGGUCCAAAAGCACACGUGUGAAUGCACCGAGUAACACUGUUGCGUGCAGAUGCCAUGGAGCACAGAGGCAUCAGAGGAACAGGCUGGGACAAGUUCCCUGCUCCUUCCCGGGUGAGAAGGGCACAGGCAUGGAAAGCAAAAGGGAAAGCAGGUUUGGUGGGUGGUGGCACCUGCAGUUGUGAGGGAGGAGAUGUUUGCUGAUGCGGGCUGUGGCUUCCUUUAAAGCACCCUCGGGUUGUCACCACGGUGCUCCACACAAACACCCCAGCACUGCUGCUCCAGGAACUCUGAUAGGAUUAAAAAACAAAUUAACCUCACUCAAUCAGGCAGCAGAGAUGGGAGGCCACACACUUCAGCAGGGCUGGCAUGCAGGGUGCGGCCCAUCUCUGUUUGCAAGGAUUGGCUCAAAAAGAGCUGGACUACAGUUGUUGAUUUUUUUUUUAAAUUUAUUUAUAGAAUAAUAGAAUGGUUUGAGUUGGAAGGGACCUUAGAGCCCAUCCAGUUCCCCCGUCUGCCACGGGCAGGGACACCUUCCAUGUUUAAAUCCCUUAGGGCACCGAAAGCAGCCAGAUCUUGAGUACCAGCUUCACAAUCUGGCUUUCAGAAAAUGAAGGUUGGAUGAGCAGAGCUCUGACUUCAUGACUGCAGUGAAAAUCUGUUCAGUGCACAGCUGGGGAAUGAUUUCCCAGCUGAUCACAAAUGAGGUUUGAAUUUGGGCUAGAAACAUAAAAAAUGCACAAACGAAGCUGGGUUUUUGCACUCAACAAGAGGGAAGCGUACAAAAGUUAAACUGGCCUUGGCUGGUGUUGAGAAGUUAUUGGUGCUGGCCAUAAAUCGAACCGGGAUGGCUUAAUUGCUCAUUCACAGUAAAUAAAGGUAUAACUGAGAUGUCUACUUUAUAAUAGAGAGGGGAUCUCCCAGGCUACGGAGGAUGAUAGCUAGCCAGAGAAAUCCAUUCGGAGGCUCUUUUGGAUCGAUAAGCAGUUAAGAGAGCUGUGGGAAGAUGACAUUGCCUGUCUUUGUGCACAGACACACAGAGAGGUGCCGAGCUGUUAAAAGCACAAAGAACAACACUUGGGUUCUGAUCCAUCAGGUUUAAAACAUGGUGAUUUCUAGCUGAGUUUCUACUCGGUGUCCAGGUACAGAGAGGUAGGAGCAGCACGUACAUGGGAGGAAAAGCCUGGGGAUCCAUCAGCUUUGGCAGCAGCACUACUGCCCCACCCCGGGAUGGUGUCUGAUACCAGAGUGAUGGGCUUAGCCACCAGGUUUAUUAAUAUUGGUGGGGUUCUAUGGCUCAGAGGGCGUCUGAGGCCAGCCUGGUGCUCGCAGACGUGUUGCAGUGUAUGCCAGUAUCCAGCCCCAGGGCUACCUGACUUUGUGUGGAGCAAACAGAGCUGCCUUUUGCUGAGGACUGCCUAGGAGUACUGUGCUAGGGCACUGGCUCCGUCCGGCUGUCUGGGAAGGGUCUCUUCCACGCACAGAUAUCUGCUGGUGGAAUGGUUUUUGCUCUUGGCAAUGUGCUAGGUGGGUUGUGCUAUUUCCCCUGUCUCUGGGGCAGUAGGAGCCAUCAACCAUGGGAAACGUAAAUGGCAACGACUGGCUUAUCCCUAAUAAUUUACUUUGAAAUGCUGCUCUGUAGAAGCGAGAUCAAUCGCCACUUAGCUUCCCGCUCCUGCCCUGCUGGGCUGUUAAAAGGGAAAUAUUACAGCUGCUUCUGAGCCCCCCUGCUCCCCACCCAGCCCCACAUUCAGUUAUUGAUUCUGCCUCGACAGGGGCUGCAGAAGGAGAGCGCGGUGCCUGGGCUCAGUGCUUGUGCCAGCUCUCCCCGGGGAGGAAAGUGAGACAGGCUUUGCUGGGUGCAUCACUGGGAAGAGGAGCAGUAGUGUUUAGCCAUUUCUACUUGGUUUUCCCUUGAACCUGACAAACACAGCCAGAGGGCGUGAGUGGCUUUUCAGUCCCAGGGUAGCAGAUUUGCCCAACGUCUGCCCUGUGGGGCUUGGGGUUCUUCAGCAGGGCUGUCCAUGACCUGGCUGUCUCCACUUCCUAGAAUGUGUGGGAAUAGAAGUCCUUGAGACAUGUCCCCUCCCACCUUGCUAAAAUCAACCAACAGGCUCUAAAAUUGGGUGGGGAGGGAGCGUGGGUGCAUUCAUUUUCUCAGGGAGGCUGGCUGCAAAGCCUGCUGUCCAGAAAAAAAAAUAAAGCUUAUGUUUUGGCCAUCAGGGAUGUUAUUCCUCCUUGUGCUAUCCAUUAAAAUGAAACUUUAACUGUUUAAAGGAAUUCUGCCCCCACCUCUGUGGCCUUAUUUAGCUCUGCACACUGCCUCACGGCCCUUCCUCCCUCCGUGUGCCGCCCCGAUGCCCUCGGCCCUGCCAGCCCUUUCACAGCGGCUCUCGGAGCUGUGAUGUUGCACUUGUACAGGUGGCACUUCCAAAAGCGUCCGUGGGGACAGACGUGGAUCCUGGGCUGGCAGCAAGGAUGGGAAUGGCCAUCCCAUGGGAGCAUCAGGCUACCAUCUGCUGGAAUAUAACCUCUUUGCAGCAUCGUUCUCCGGCUCCCUCUGGCCAAAAUCCCUUCUUUGCUCUCGUUCCUCCUCUGCUCUGGCCUCAGGAUUGUGGAUUUUUACUUGUUUUUUUUUCAGAAACGGCAAAUGUUGAAAUAUCCCUGAGCUUGGAGGUAUUGCAGGGACGCGUGUCAGCUGGAGGGGACAGGAGCUUUCUCCCUGCCCUUGGCCACACCAUAAAACCUGCUGCAGGCACUGCAAAGCCAAGGCGGGGAUAUUGCUGAGCCCUGCAGCGGCACAGGAAUUGCUCUCCAAAUCCAAGAUAUUCUCUCUGUUCAUUUUUCUGCCUGGUUCCGUGUGCUGACAGCGAACAACUCGUGGCUUCAGGUAGCCAGUGCCUGCACUACACGUAUUUAUUCAUCCACCCUCCCUGCCAGAUGCUGAAGUCAGACAACUGGCUCCGGCUAGUGCCAGCUCUGGUUGCUCACACUGGGAUUAGCAUGUAGGCUGGUUCAGUCCCUCUGCAGAGGCUGAGCGUGGCCUUCUCUUUUACCCCGCUGCUGCAGUUGCUUCUGUAAAUGAUGUCUGUUAUGACUUUGCUUUUGACUUGCUGCAAGAGGCCCUCGCAUUAAAGACUUUUCUUCUGGUUUUUGCAGAUGUCUUUUCACCCUGUGUGCCCGUGGGAGAGCAUGAAAGCCUCUUGGUCCACCAUGUCUCAGGCUGGCCUCAUGCUCGCUCCUGGGCUGGUGGCCUCUUUGGGACGGAGAUGCUCCAGAUUUCACUCGGUGGACAGUGAGCGCUGGGCAUGGGGCUUCAGCAAAGCACCUCCUGCUCCAGCACAUCUGCUCUCUUUCCCCCCCUCUAGCUCUAUUAACACUUCGUUUUAGCAACUAGGCUAGUGAUGGCAGAAAACAGUAAAACCACACAGACAUCCUGGGUUGCCUCAGGAGAACUGGUUUCAGCAGAGCCAUGCCAGUUUAUACCAGUCAGGGCUUUGAUGUAAGUAAUUCACUGUAAUAAAGAUGGAAGACUUCCAGGAAAACCAUUCCCUUCAAUCAAGCUGAUUAUCGAUAUCUAUGUGUAUCGAUAUAUAUGCAUUAAUGCCAUGUGAGGCUAUAAAAUUCCAUAUUUAAGAGGUUAUAGCUUGAUUUCAAUUGUGCCGAGUGGUUACCUGCGCAACCUGCCAGAGCGAGGUGUUGUUCUUGGCAGGAGCGGAUGUUAUUCCUAUUCUCUGGUGCACAGGGAAACUUGAUCUUUGCUCUUCCCGUCACUCAUGGAGCAUGACCAGGGGGCAGCUGAGGGGGCCAAGAUGCUGGGUUUCUGGUGAGCAGGCACGAGGGGGAUUAUCGGGUUCUGCACUACGACUAGGGGACUCUGCAGACUCAGUCCUGCUCAGGCACUUGUCCUUGGAAAAGCCAAGGAAGUGCUGCUGAGGCUCAUUUCAGGGUCCCGAGGCUGUAACCCUGCCUGUUGCUCAGUGUGGUGCAUCUUCUUGCAGGGAGCAGUGCAGGUCAGAGCCCGUUUGCAGCUUGCUGGGGGAUCCCAGUGCCCGUGUGGGGCUCCAUGCAGAGAUCCUGGCGAUGCUGGUCCUGCGUGGGGUGGCUGCGGGUGCUGCAUCCUGCAUCCUCACCCCAGCUGCUGGCUCAGGGCAGCCCAAGAGGUGCCCCUGCAGCAUGGAUGUGGGGUGAGCAGGACCUAGGAGCAGCCUGGGAGUGCCAGGACUAUCUGUCUUCAGGUUUGCCUGCCAGCAAAAUAAAGCCAGGUCUAAGUCUUUACCCUUGCCGUGCUUCAGGUGGGUCCCUGAAAAGGCUGAGCAGGGUGCUUGGAGGCCAUUUGAACCGGUGUGAUUUGCUUCCAUGGAAUAUGGCAUCUGCUCGGGUCUAAUUUCUUUCGAUGGGACUUCAGCAUGUGCUCAAGUACUUUGCUGAUUUGGGGCCUGAGUCAUUAGCUUUGCAGUUGAUUACUCAAGUGGAUUUUAGGUGUGGGAAUGGGAAUGUUAACAUCCAGGGAGAAGAGUUGAGCCAGUGCUCAGGCUUAAAUUGAAACCAGCCUCGAAGUGUCGGCAUGGCCCUGUUGCGGCCAUGGGGCAGCCCCUGUUUGUGGCAUCACUGCUCACCGCCUCCAUCUCCCCGUGGCGCCCGGGUGGCUGGGCUGAAGGGGCGCCUGGUCGUGGCAGCAGCCUCCUCCUGCCCCCUUUAACAGUUUAAUGGCGUUUGUCAGCUUUAGAAUUACUGUCUUGGUGGCUUCAUCCACAAUAGCAUGGAGAACGCUGCUGAGCUGAUUGCGUGCACUGGAGGAUCUGAUUACCUUCUCAGCGUUUCAGAUCAUCAGAAAUGCAAACAAGCUGACACCGUAAAUACACAUACAUUUUAAGGCAACUGGAUCAGUAGUGCAUCCAUGCACUCAGGCCCUCACCAAUUACCCAAAUUGGUAUGUUCUGCUCUCUGCAUCGGCGUAUUUGGAUAUAAUAUAUCAUAUAAAAAUCAGCGGCUCACAGCUAAGGUUGUCUGUUGUGCUGUGGUUCUCAGCUUGUUGAUGGUUUUGUAAAAGGGAGGAAUAAGUAGAUUAUUGUAUACUGGCACUUAUGAAGUUUGUAAAAUUGCAGGUGCAGUCAGGGCUGGCACCAAGGCUCUGCCUGGCUCCACGACUGCAGCACUGCACCCAUCCCCAUGCUCUGAUAAGCAUCAGCCUGGCUCGCUGGUAGCGAGGGCCAGAAAUGUUUUUUUUCUUUGUAACUAUUGAUUGAUGGAUGAUUUACAGCCCACUGUAGGAGGCUUGGAUCUUGGAAAAAUGUCAACAUUCAGCACAAAUAGGGAAAAAUGUAUAGUUUCAUCCCAGUCUAGCCCAUGUGCUGCAACCUCUGGCUGCUGGAAGCUAAAGCAGUAAAAGUGGAGCAAAGUGUGUUUUACACCACUGAUGGAGCUUGGGCAUGCUCUGCAAAUAGGCACACUGCGAGCUGCACACAGGGAGUGCUUAAUUCUAGCUGAAAAGAGAGAUGUCUCUGCACAGCAUCUCUCAUCUUGUGCUUCCAAGCCAGCACAUAAAAUCAUAGAACCAUUGGGUGCUUUGGGUUGGAAGGGACCUUUAUAGGUCAUCCAGUCCAACCCCCUGCAGGAGCAGGGACAUCUUUAACCAGAUCAGGUUGCUCAGAGCCCCGUCCCACCUGACCUUGAAUGUUUCCAGGGAUGAGGCCUCCGCUGCCUCCCUGGGCAGUAUCUUGCACUCCUUGUCUUUUUCCCAGUUGCAGGUUGUCUGCGGUGGGGGCUGUCCGUGGGUUGGCACAGCAGGGCUUGGCUCGUGGCUUUGGGUCAGCAUCCUUCAACUCUGCAGCAAACACCUGGCUUGCCGAAAGUGUUGGCUCUCCUUGGGAAGGCAGAGGUCAGCACCGAGGGCUGAGGAACCCUGUCAUUAGUCUGGGUGCCUUGGGCACGAGGAACAAUGAAACAAUUACCCUCCAAGAAGUUUUGGUGAACAGUUUGGGUUUGAGUGUGUGUGAUUUUAAAGAUUUCCAUAUUAUUUAGAGAGAGAUGUAAGGAAUGAACUAGACUCAGUAGGGGGUCAGUGUUUUGCUUCAAACAUACAAAGUGCACAGACGUUCUGACCUUUGGAAAACCCCAACCAUACACAACAACCAGCUAGUCUGAACUGAGGAGAUGACUCUGCUGUUGCCAAAGAGGCUGAAAAGGGUCACUUCACUCAAGCUGUUUUCUCCCCAGUCUUACUCUCAGUGGGGACAUGGCACCUGCGAUCUAGAGGUGACCUUUGUGCCACCAGGUGUGCCCGUCCAGCCCAGGGAAGCUUCCUCCUGCACGGGUGCGAUUGUCCUGUCUCUCCCUUUAGCCUUUAGGGUCGCUGCUCUUCACUGGCAUGGCCUGAGCACGUUCGUGCAUGCAUGGACUCCUACAAAUCAAACACUGUGUUUUGAACCUGUGCCGUGUCUUCUUUUUUCUAUGUAUGUGCCUGGCUGACAGGUGCAGACGCACCUCAGCCCAUGGAAGUGGUUUUGUGGGGAGCUCAUGAGCCUCUGGGGGGCUUUGAGCUGCUCCAGCGCUGGCAUUUGCUUCCCAGGACCCUGUGCCCUGCUCCUCACCUCUGUGCUGGGCACAAAGCACUUCCCAGCACAGCUCUGCGGGCUGCCAAGAUGGGAACAACAACCCCUCGGAGCAAGGAGGCAGGAGAUGAAGACACUUUGAUGAGAGAGAUGAAAGGGCAGGGAGAGGAAGGGGGUGUAGUGCGAGGUCACUGGGAGAUGCUUGAAGCUCUGGGUGAGAAAGUAGUAGCACUACAGUGGGUGAGUGCAAGUUGCUAGGUCUUAAGGAGAUGCUGAUGGACAGGAGCAGCGAAGGUGCUGCUGGUAGCCCUACAGCUGCCGGGCCGUGCUCACAGUGUGGAGCGUUUUGUGUUGGAAGCAUGUCAUGACCUCCCAGCCCUAUUCCCCUUCCUGCUGCUUUUGAGGCAUCUUCCUCAGCUUGGGCAGCCCAGGAGCUCCUCUGCAGCCUCUGAGAUCCGUCACUUGGUGAGGAAGAGCUGAAGGCGGGUUGAUGCUAGGAGGUUUUGCCCACUGCGCGUGGGCUGCAGCCCAGCCGGGCUCUGCAAAGGAGCCCUGUUAGGAAGAAAUGAGUCACAGCUGAGAUGUGGUCAUGGGAAAAAUAAGGGCCCAGGUGCUCUGCAGGCUGUUUCUGCCUGGCCGUGGUGGUGCUUGGUGUUGGGAGCAGCUCUAGAGAGGUGAUGGGGAUGGUGUGCAGGAGUGGAGCACGUAGAGUGGGUGAGUGUUUGAGGAAGCUGCCCUUUGUUUGGGAAAUCUGGGUGGCUGAUAACGUUGUGCAGUUGUGUAAUGUGGGGCUUUCACUGCGUGGAAAAUGUCUGAAGAGAGCACCAGGAGCCUUUGCCUUAAUGUCUCUGAUCACAUCCCUUACAAUAAUGGGAUCAUCGUGCCUGCUGUCUCCCCUUGGGUACCACGUUAGAUGGCACAGGCAGGGGCAGCGCUGGGGUGCUGCUGUGGAGGUUGAGUUCCUGUACUGGGCACUUCAGAGCAGAAUGGCAGUAAAGGUGGGUAGGACAGACCUGCUGGUGGCUGGGGCUGCCUCCUGGCUUCGUGGAAGAGGCUGUGGAUGGGUAAGAUGCUUAUUUUCCCCUCUAGCAAGUUGGAGGCCAUUUGCUGCUUUCACUGGAGCCAUGGCUUGACCUAAGCAUCCAUGCCUUACAGCCCCGAGGCUGAGUUGUGACAGAGCUGUCCUGGAGGCUGUGGUAUGGGACCAUUCGGAUGCAAAAGGUGAGUGUAGCGGCUUGUUUGCAAAGAAGGACCCACACAUCAGUGCCGUGUUGGACCCCGUGUCCCAUAGCCUGUGCCCAUUGUCAGUGAGCUUUUGGGGUGUCAUAGCCCCCAACUUAGUGGGGAGAGGAGGGAACAGCUGGCUGCCUUCUGUUGAACGUCCUUCGUGUCUCCUCUGUGAUCUCCCUAGUCCCAGACUUGAUACCUUUUGUCUGCUUCCACUCAUUUCUGGGAGCGAUCUCUCAUUGGUGCAUGAUGGACCUGUCCUUUUGUUUGUGCCUCUGCCAUAAGCCCGGAGCUUUGAGAACACACCUAGAAAUGUCAGAUAAAAAUAAUGAGAUGAAUGAUCCUCACCCCAAAGUAAGAUUUUAACCUUCCUAGAGAGCUGGAUGAAAACCAGCAGUGAAAACUCUUCCCUGGCAGGCAGGAAAGCUUGUUUGCAGCUAGUAGGGAGCAGGUUGUAGCCCAGCCAGGAAUCCUCAUGCCCUGCACACCCCGUCUAAGGUAGGGAGGCCUCCUUUUUGGUCACUAUUCAGCUUCUGGCAUACAGCAGCGCGGUGGGUCUGAGAGUUGUUGGCCAGUGGCUUUCCUGAUUCUGCCAGAGAAUUAUGUCCCUGUGGGAAGAUGUCAGUCUUGUCCUGGCAGAGUUAAUCCCUUUGUCUCACAUUACUCCUUUUUCAGUAUUUACUUUUCUGGAGCAGAGGAGGGAGAUGUUUCUCUUUACUGCUCUGCAAAAGGGGUUUUGCUGGGGGUUUCUGAUGGGUCUGUACAUGGUCUCUACCUUGCUGCCCCACCCCGCACUGGAGAACCCUUCAGUUUGCUUGACUGCGCUCUUGUUGGUGUCUUUCGUUUACUGGAAAUCUUUGUAUUUACCAGGAACAUGGAGACUUAUGCAGGACUGUGUCGGGUUCUAGGUAAUAAAUAUAGUAAGAAGGUGGGUUUUGGUUUGUUUUGGUUUUGUUUUGUUUUAUGUUAUCAGCUACUCCUAAUCCCCUUAAAGUGGGUAAUGAUUUAGCUGUUAAGAGUUUACUGUAGUGUCCUUCAGAUAUGAAACAAGAAAAUGACAUUGGAGGAUGGUGAAGUGAAAUGCAGAUUCAUCUGCUUCCCAGAAAUGGCCCUGCCUUGUGGACAAAUUGGCAUGAGGGCUGCAGCUUUUCAAUGGGCAAAGCCAGCUUUGAAAUGAAUCCUUUCCUAUAAAUGAGGAAGGUCCUGCUCCCCUGUGUGCCUGCAGGGAUGGAGGGAGGGGCGUGCCUGGCCCCUGCAAACAUUUGAGGUCACCUAUGGUAUGGAGUGAACAUCUUGUGCCUGGACCACCAGGUCCUUCCUUGCUCUGCACUGAUUUUCUGGGUCUCUUCUUAUUUUCCAAGGCAGCUGCUAACACAGAGCAGCAGCGCUGCCGCUUGCUGACCUCCAGAGGUUGGUGGGAGAAAACUUUGGUCACCUGCGUGGCCAGAGAAGGCUUGGGGUGCUGCUCCCUGGCUCUGGGUACAGCAGCCAAAGCAGGACCUGGGCUCGGCCUCACCCUGCUGCUUGUUGAUGAAUAACUGGGGAGAGGAGGAGGAGGAAGCCCUGAGCACCUCUCCUUGCUCUGGUGCUCCCUGAGGAGUUUAAUCUAAUUUGCACCAGCAAGGAGCCCUUUUUCCAGUCUUGAGAGGUCUCUGCACCCAUGGCUGGAUCUGACAGCUGCUGCUCAAGCUGGGAGACCAUAGAAAGGUUUGUGUUGGAAGGGAGCUCAAAGCCCACCCAGUCCCACCCCCUGCCAUGGGCAGGGACACCUCCCACUGGAUCAGGGGCUCCAAGCCCCAUCCGACCUGGCCUUGAACACCUCCAGGAAUAGGGCAGCCACCACUGCUCUGGGCAGCCUGGGCCACAGCCUCCCCACCCUCACAAGAAAAUAUUUAUUCCAAAGAUCUCAUCUCGAUCUCCCCUCUUUCAGCUUAGAAUCUGAUCUCAGUGUAUGCUGAGACUGGAGAAGGGGGCACAGACCUUCCCAGUAACCCAUGAGGAGCUUUGCUGAAGAACCACCGCAAAUGGCACCACUGAGCUGCCCUUCCCAGGGCUUUUGAGCCAGGGAUGUGCAACCUGGACAGGGGUCUGAGAUGAACCUGGGGGUGUGUACGGGAGAGCUGCCCAGAGAGAGGCAGCACGUGUUCAGACUUGAUUGGGACGGUUUCCUCUAACUGAAUGAGCUAUAUCGUUGCUCUGUUACUCCUCCCUGGUGAAGACCCUCACCUUCCCAGGGUGGGCCAUGGUCAUCUUGAGGGCAAAGCUGGCAGAGGCAGGCAGCAUAGGACGCUACUUGAGGGAAGAUGAUCCUUUUGCCCACAAAGAAAUAAUCUGCACCCAGGUGGUGGUGUCACACGAGCUGCCGUAGCACGGGCUUGUUAAUUUUCAGAAUUAUCCCUGACGAAGCUUCAGGUUUUGGCUGAAGGAUCAGAGCAGGCUUAGCUCUUGUUUUAUCCAAACCCAAACUUUUCUGUUGGUUUUUAUUUACUAAACCUUAGCUUUUCUGAAUGGAAACAAUUUGGUUUCCUUGUUGGCUUUUUUUUUUUUUUAAUAGCAAUAUAGGUAACAGUUAAAAGAUUUCUUUGCAGAUUUUGAUCAGAAGUCUUUGAAGAUUUUUAUCAAAAAGCUGUGAUCUUGCUCAAACAAACCUGUUGUCUGUGUUUCCCCGUCCCUCACCUGUAUCUCCUUCUCUGCUCUUCUCUCUCUUCCACUUAGAUAAAAUAAAUAAAACAACUCCCACAGGUUCAGUUGGCAUCAAAGAGUCCCUUAUUUUAAGGGAGGAAGAAUAUUGUGACGUUUGACUGCCUGUUUUGGAUUCUGUGAAGGAAUUUCAUCCCCUCCUGGUUGCCGUGUCUCUGGCAUCCCUCCCAGAUCCCAACUCCCUGGAGGAUGGAGGCAGAAUUAUCUCCAAGCUCGGCAGCUGCCAGAUGUUAACUGAUGAAACUGCAGCCUCACUGCUUCCCCCCUUUACUCUGGCUAAACCUCUGCCUGCCUCGUUUGAAAUACAAAACUGCCUCAAAUACCCUCUUGCAGGUCUCUUGAUGUCUGUCUCUUGUCAGUCAUGCGAGACUGCUUCAUGCCUCUUCCAGCUCCCUGCCUUCAGAAUUGCACUUGGAUGUGGCUGCGUGAAGUGCCUGAGCAUCGUGAGCUGUGGUGUGGAGGGAUGGGAGUUGAGAAUUGUGCAGUCAUUGCAUCCCUUGAAGAUAAAUGUCCCCUUUAGUAGGCAUGAUGGUGCUGAGCUAAUGGCUGGACUUGAUGAUCUUCGAGAUAUUUUCCAAACUUAAUGAUUCUAUGCCUCUGUUCCUGCCUGUCAGAAUAAGGAGACAGUCUUCCUGCCUUCCUCAUUGCUGGCACAAAGCAGAGCUGGGGUUGUGCAGGUCACUAGCAGGGUUAUGACUGUGUAGACCCUGGCUGCCUGAGCAGGAGGCUGUGCACAGCAGGAGCCAGGAUGUGGCAUUUCAUGGUAUUGGAAGAUGGUCCCCCAGGAAGAGCUCUGGGAAGGGCAGCCUGAAUGUUGCCAGCUGACCCUGUGAUGCCCAUCAUCGCUGUUUGAAGGGUCCCACGGGCACUGCUGGGGCAGUUCAAAUGCACACCUGGGCUAUACAAACGGGAAGCUUCGCCGAGACUUGGCUGAGAUGCAGGUUUCUCUUGCGAGCAGUCAAACAAUGAAGGCAAAGCCCCCAGGUGAAGUUCAGUGUCUGUGCAGUCGGGUUAGGGGGUUGCAGCAGGUCCUUCUGGCCUUCACAACAUCCCUCUGCAAGAGUGAUGACAAAUACAGCAGGCAGACUAGAAUGCCUGCCGUGACAUUUGCUCACUUGUGUUUGUGUCUAACACAUGAGUUUGUAUGUUUGAAUAUUCCCGUUUUUCUUCCCUUUACCUGGGGCAAAACUUCUGUUACUUUGCCCUAGUGAAGCCAGCAACACCAGGCCCCGCGUGCAUGCUCGUGCUGUGCUCUGUGCAAGGGUACAGGACACGUACUCUUGCCCUUGAGUGCAGUCACACGUGUAAUUACCCAGUGAGUGAUGGGAAAGGGGAAAAAAAUUCAUAUUACCCUUAUGAUGGUGUUCAUGGGGCCAUAGAUCAAGGUGACAACUGGAAAUUCAUCACGAUGUAGUAGGAAAAAUGGGAAACUUCCUGUGCAGGAGAUGGGAAGCAGUCACCACAGCCAGUUUUUGCUCCCUCGUGGGUGAUUUCAGUAGAAAAAAUGCCUGAAUGAGACCCUGAAGCAGCAGAUAUGGAGGGGGCUGGACUGUUCUCCCUCCUCCCUGCUGCUUUGGAUGGACUUGCACCUUAAAAACUUCUGCUUCUGGAAGCAAACAAGAGAUGUGAACCACAGCUCAAACCGCAGCAAGCCAAAUGCUGUGAUAAAGUGAAACUCCUAUGGCAGGUUCCUCUCCUUGCUUUUUUUAAACCUUCCAAAGAUAAAUUGCAUUUUGUUUCGAGAUAAUGAAAUUUCCUUGGAGGAGAGACAUAUUUUUCCGUAGCUUUUGCAUUUGGAACAUGAGAAGACUUUUUAUUUUCAAUCUCUAUUCAAAGUGUUUUUCUGUCUACACUUUGCUUUCUUCACUGUGAAUGCUCUGACUUCACAGAGCCAGCGGAGACCCCGAGCCAGAGUUUCUGUCACUUCUUAGUGCUUGCCUUUGCAUAAAAUGUAGUCUUCAGAUUUUUUUUUUUCCUCCCAAAGAAAUGAAAGAUGAAGCCAGAUUAGAAAUGGAUAAAAAGAAAUCACCCAUCCUCAGACAAAGGAGAUUUUGCUUUUCUCUUUUGCAUUUGCCUUUGUUAAUCCUCUGCCUUCAAAGCAAACAAAGAUCCUUCCACCUGGGAAGGCUGAAAAAAAAAAAAAAAAAAAAAAAGGAGAGAUGCAGAGCAAGUGGUGUACCUGCUCUGCACCGGUGGUGUCCUGCAGUCAGUGUGUCCACUGUGACUGGCAACCAUCCUGAAUAACCCAAUUAAAGGGAAAAAUUGGGAAGCAGAACUUGCAGCAUAUAUGAAAUCAAAGUGAUGGGGUUUUUGCUCAUAAAAGAGCUCUCUUUUUUUGUUGUUGUUUUUUUUUUUUUUUUCUUCACCUUGUCCUGCAGAGAAAGGUGUCCUGCUGUCCAUUGCUAGAGAACAGGCGCCUUCCCUGCCUCCAGAGCUGGUGGCAGCAUGGAGUGGAGAAAGCUGCAGGUCCAUUGCGUUUGAUGAUGCCUGGUGUCACAAGAGCCUGUCUUAAUAGCAUUCUCAUCUUUUGUUCAAUCAUGUGUAGGGAUUAAUAUGUUCUCAGGUGCUGAGAGGCUCGAGGCACUUGGCUCUUGACAGUCUCCUAUUUCUGUACUUAAUAAACAGAAUAUUCCACAAGAAGAACUUGCAAUUUAUCUUUUGCUGCUGUGUGGGAAGUUACUCUGAGUCCUGGCUCUGAUUCUUUCUCUCUUGCCCAGGGAUUUAAUAGACUCUUCCAUACACUGGCUUCCUCUCUUCUCACUCCGGUUGCCAAAUUAACCUUCAUCUCACCUACUUCUUCUUCAUGUCUCGCUUCAAUUUAGUCCUCAAAUUGUUCACAUGACAAAGGAACCGUCCUUCCCACAGCUUCUGCUUCUGUUCUGAUAAGAAACCUGAAUUUGCUGUGAGCGCCUGAAGAGAAGAAUAACUUCCCUCCCUCCCCUUAGCUUCCCUAUGGAAUUUUCAGUCCAGAAGUCUCCUUGGAGUUAUUUCUCUUGAGACUAUGCAAGCAGUUUGGGCUGUGCUGUGCCAAGCAACUGAGCUGUGUCCUGAAUACACAGUGUGCUUAUUGGUGCUAAUUAAUGAUAUUACAUUCAUUUGGGCUUACAGGAGGGGGUUUGACUGCACAGGCGGUGCCACAGAGGCUGGAUGUUUGCUCACUGGCAUCGCCUGCACUUACCUGUCUCACCCAGCUUGUGUGGUGCCACCCACUAAGCAAGUGUGAGAUGCUGGAAAACUGAAGGAAUCUGCUUUUCUUAUCGGGGGAGGAUUUAUCAGCUUCUCAGACUUUGACUUCUGGGAGGGUGCUGUAGGUGCCUGCUCUUCCUCUGCAGUGAAUGCACAUGCGAGCUGCUGGGAGCAGCCUGUGCUGCCUUGGCAGGAUUAGGGAUGAAAGAGCACUGCUGAGGAUGGCUUCUGCACUGUGCAGAGAUCUUCCUGCCCUCUCUGCAGGCCUGGUCUUGGCUUAGAAAACAACCCAGGAGCAUCACGGCUGUUUUAGUUCCUGUGCUUAUUCUCGCUAGGGGAAGCUUCUGUGUCUUCUGCCAGCUCCUCUUCUCUGUGAGGCUGGGGCAGGAGAAGGUUUAUUUGACCUUUAAGCUGCUUCGAGUCACUCAUAUAUUAGCAAGUGGCUUGCUGGGCACCUUCUGCCACCAAGGCCACCUUCCCAGCAAGCAUCCUGCUUUGACCUGCGUGGUAGCUCUGGUGCAGGACAAGAGCUUUGGUCACCCUCUGAUGGUGAUGCGCCUCAUUUCUCGGGAGAUGUCAGGCUCAAAGGGAUCAAGCUUAAAGGAGCUGGGGUGACCCUUCCAGAGCCUCCAUUGCAGUGUGGUACCUGCCACCAUAUAUACAGGAACGCCUGGUUGAAAUUCCUCUUCGUGCUUUGGCUGGUCCCUUCACAGCUGUUGGAGGAGGAGGAGGAGGACUGGGACAGUCACAGACUGUGACACCUUGGGUCCCCAAAGUGGUUUCAAGGGAGUUUUUUGAGGAGGUCAUCUGUACUGUGGCGUAUGAUAACUCUUUAUGUUUUCUUUUGCUGGGAACCUAGCUUCAUCCUCUGGAAAGGGUUUGGCAUUGCCUGAAGCAUCACCGGAGAACAAAGGCAAAGCUGUUAAUUAAGGCAGAGCUAAUUCUGGGAGAUGACUGCCUCCAUCUUGAUGCACUGCCAGCUGCACACCAUGGGAGCAGAGGGACCGGCAGUGCUCACCCGGCAUGGGGCUGCUGAAAGCAUUCCCAGAGGCCGUUUGUGUUCUCGGGUCUUUGCCUCAUGGCCUUCCUGCAUGGGUGUCUGGUGAGCAGAACUGGAAGUUCCUCAUGGCCUGGAGGGGUGGUUUUGCCUUCUGCAGGGUCACAGUGUGCUGCUGCUGCCGCCUGGAGUUCAGGGCCUUCUGCUCUACUGGGGAAUGUGGCAGCUCUGUGGCAGUUGCUUCUCUCAGCUGGGGAGAAGCAACUGAGGUGGGACCUCACUGGUGGGCUUCUGGUCCUGGGGUGGGGACCAGGCAAUGGAUGGGGCACGGUAGGAGAAGCCUCCCACACAUGACUGGCUCGGGGCGGGAAAUGGAGCAAAAUGUGCCAAAACCUCAGCUGGCUUUAAUGUCUUUUGUGUGUCCUCUGAGGGGACUGUGAUGGGCGUGGUCUCUGUGGCCACUCUGGGGCAGCUGCUGGCCACAAUCCCAUCGGGUAAGCGAGAAAGAGUGUUCGUGUGGCACGAUGCUGCCGCCUUCCUGUGCCCGCCCUCCGGAUGGCAGCGUGGCGAAGAGGCUAUCUCAGAGCCAUUCUCUCCAGGAGAAGCGAAGAGUUGGUGUUCAGACUCGGAGCAAGGCUGACAGAAUAGAAAGCUUUUUGAACAAACACAGCUGGCUUCUACCCAGUGCAGCCAACUCUUUGGCCAGCUGAAAAGAAAUCAGAAGAAUAUUGAUGUAUUAUUUUUUCCUCAUAAAAAAAUCGUCAGGCUUUUUUUGGUCAAACGUUAGUUUCUGAAUGCAAGUUUUUUUUUCAGUCGAGAGCAAUUAUUUGGGGAAAAAAAACCCAACCAAGCAAGGCAGUUGUCUGGAUAACUCACAGGCUCAGCUCUUCGCCUCUUAUAUUUUCAAACGAUUAACAUUUUUUUUUGCUUUGCACAUCAUGAAUAUUCUAUACUGGAGCUGUUACUGAGUUGUGCUAGAUCAGAUAAAUAGCAUGGUGUUGCUUUUGUGGCAGACUGGAUAAAGAUGCAAAUAAUACUGACAUUUACUUCACAGUUUUCUUUCUGUGAUCCUCUGAGUGAGUAAACUGGAUUGCUGAGAUAUUCAUGGGAAGGAAAUGAAGAAGCAUUGUCAAGAUGAAAGCAAAUUUCCUUAAAACUUAGCCAGAAUGUUCUUGGCAUUUUUUUCUGUUAUUUGCUCAGCUGAAUAGGAGCUGCUUGAAAUAUAUUCUGCAUGACCGCAAAAGAAAACUCUGGUUCCUGUGGCACCGCUGCGUAUUUUUUCGCUUUCUCUUUCAUUGAAAAGCUGAGGAUUUUCCAGCCCCUGGUACUUCUGCAAGGUUGCUGGUCUCACUGCAGGUGACCGUGACUUGAAUGAGCCCUCACUGCCUUCACUUUUAUAAAAUCAUGGAAUCGUUAAGGUUAGUAAAGGCCUCU